AUGACUGCUCACCGGAGAGGCCCUUGGUCCAACGCCGAAGAUGCGUAUCUGAUGAACCUAGUUCAAACCCAUGGCCCUCUCAACUGGGUUCAAAUCGCCCAGAUUCUGGGCUCAAGAACACCGAAGCAGUGCCGCGAGCGUUAUCAUCAAAACUUGAAGCCAACUCUCAACCACGAUCCUAUUACACCUGAGGAGGGCCUCCAGAUUGAGCGACUAGUGCAUGAAAUUGGAAAGCGUUGGGCCGAGAUUGCGCGACGUCUUCAUGGUCGGAGUGAUAAUACUGUCAAGAACUGGUGGAAUGGUAGUCAGAACCGCCGCAGGAGGAUGGACCGUCGAUGUGCCGUGCAGACCUACGAUGACGUCUACUCCCGCAACCGGCCUGGACUCUCCAUCUCGACACCAGCCUUGCCUCUGCCAAGAACACAGUUCUCGCCUCUCGCGGGUCCAAGCCUUCGUCACCCCGUGCCCUGGGUUGAGGCUCCUCUUCCUUCACCAUGCCCCUCCGAGUCUGCUGAGUCUGACAUCAGUUCUAAUUACACCACGGCACCCGCUCGCCAGCCCAUCUCGCUCCAUAUGCCAGUCGAACUACCACCCCUUCACAACGCACAUAGCCUGAGCACACUAGCUUCGCCAUCUUCCGGAGAGCACCAUGAGUGUCAACCUAGGCUACCUUCGUUUGCUCCUCACGGGCAUUUGCCUACUGCGCCUAAUUCACCGGUGCAGCAGGAGUCUCAGCCUCGAAAGAAACAAGAUUCUCGGAUGAACCUGUCCUCUCUUUUGGGAUGA